AUGGAAGUUGUCGACGAGGACAGCCCUCCUCUUGCCGUUCUAAUCGGAGAGACCUCUGAGACCCGCCCUGCGGAAUCUCUGGGGAAGCCUGAGGAGUAUUCGCGAGGGACUGAAGGUGGCCCCCCUGUCGGAGUUACCGUCAUCACCGGCUACCUUGGCGCCGGAAAAUCCACGGUGAGGCCGCCCUUCGAGUUCCUCGUGCUCCUGUACCCCCAUCCCGGUCCCAUACUCGUUUCUGGAUAUAAUCAAUCCCUAAAAAUCGGUAUACUUCGACUGCAUCGCGGUUAUCCGAUCCUUUGUGGAACCCUUAGUGGCCCCCAGUUGGAGCAUGGUUUUGUGUUUAUUCCACUUCCUUCUGCAUCCCAUUCUUGACCUAGUUUUCGAGUUCUCUCCGAGUUCGAUGAUCAGAAAUUUCCUACUCCCCGGCACCAACUCGAUUGAUAUCUGUACUGUAUUUCAUGGAGAUAACUUUCUAGUGCAUGUUGUAAAUCGGAUCACAGGGGAAAGCGAGACUACUCCCUGGUCCGGACUUGCAAACGGUGUGAGCUUUGAACUCGUCAGAUUUUUCGACCACUCUUUCUUGAAGCGAGGAUCGUAGUCUAUACUUGCAGGAAUCGUACCCAUUUUCUCGACUGAGACUAUACGUUUAUUAGUGCUGGUCACACUGUGUCUUGGUUUAUCCAGAACCUGUAAAGCUAGAGAGCAACACAUUCCCGUUUGAGAUCGCAAUGGAACGAAAUUUUCAUGGAAAACACAAUUAUUUUUUUUCAUAGAACAUAUCGUCUCUGUUUCAUGAUGAUUUGAUUAUCAGAAUCAAAUGAUGCACAUUCCAUGUGGAUGGAAUCUGAAAAAUGGUUGCUUUGCCGUGUUGUUUUGUCUCAGUUGGUCAACUACGUAUUGAAUGGGAAACAUGGGAAGAGGAUUGCAGUAAUUCUCAAUGAGUUUGGAGAGGAAAUAGGAGUCGAGAGGGCAAUGAUCAACGAAGGUGAAGGGGGGGCUGUUAUUGAGGAGUGGGUUGAGCUUGCUAAUGGCUGUGUCUGUUGCACUGUGAAGCACAGUCUAGUUCAAGCAUUGGAAGAGCUGGUACAAAGGAAAGAGAGGUUAGCCCUCCUCUUGUUACUUGUUCCAAUAAUAAGCUGCUAGUCGAGUGGAUUUAUUUGAAAUUCGCAUUCUUGAUGCUUGUAUUGCAUUUGAGUUGCUUUCUGGCUUUUGCUCAACAUUUCUUGAAUUGGAAUCGAUUAUUUUUGAUUCAUUGUUCAGCUAGUAUUGGCUGGUCUCCAUAUAUUUAUAUAUAUGUGCAUCCAGCCAGAGAUAGAGAGAGAGAGAGAGAGAGAGUCAUGAGUAGAUAAUAUCCCAUCAGUUUAAAGACGUUGGGGCCCAUGACUUGAGACGAAAAUGGUGAGACAUAAAUCCUUCUUGGCGGCAUACGAAAUCAAGGAGUCAACAUGUUUAUAGUUCGUGGUAAAAUAUCCAAGCAUAUUGAAUUUCUCAUCGCCUCUCUAUAGGCCAUUGAAUUCCUGUUCAUGGCAAAAAUCAUGCUCAGUGGGUACCGUACUUUCAUUAAAUAGAGCAAUAGUUUCCCACGCGGUUAAUGCCAAAUAAACGCUGUUAUUCUAUUAUUUUUUGUCCGUCUAUCGAACAGACACCAUAUCCAGGGUGAAAGCCUUCAUCUUGAAAAAGGACACCAGCUUUAAUAAUUUUCUGUUAAGGAAAUUUGAUCCAGGCGGUGUAGAGUCUGUAUUAGGCCGUUUGUCAUUCCAAAUGACUGUGCCUUGUCCUGAAAACUGCCGUAUUAAAGAUCCCCACUUUAGUCGGGUAAAAUUUCUUCACAGAAAUUUGAGCCAUGUAGCCACCCUCUUAUGAAAAUAUCAAUAGUAAGGUGCUACAGGCCUUGAAGUCACUAUUCUAAAGUCGGAUGUUAAUUUUUUUAUUAGAUUUUUGAUAUUUUAUUUUCCAUUUUUCAAAAGAUAUUUUGUCCUUUCCUUGUUUUUCCUGAAUUCUAUAAGUAAUCCUUUGCGGCAUUUUUUAAAUUUGAAUAUUCAAUGGCCUUUGUUUCUCAUUUCACAGUUUUAGAAGCUUUUACAUUCCCAUGAUAAUAUGGUUGAUUCUUCUGAUACUGCACAAGGGACUGUUUACUUUAAUCUAAUUCCUUGACAGCUUUUCUAUCUUUGAUAAUCAACAUGAUUGCCAAUUCAAAUUGAUUUUGUCAUUCAAUGAUUGCUACCAUAUUUUCAAAAUUGAUUUUUAAUUUUGAAAACUGGUUUGAUUAUUUUGGCAUAAAUUGGGGAUUUUGUAAUCAUACAGACUUGAUCAUAUAUUGCUGGAGACCACAGGAUUGGCGAAUCCUGCUCCGCUUGCAUCCAUACUUUGGUUGGAUGAUCAACUGGAAUCUGCGGUGAAACUUGAUUCUAUAAUCACUGUAAGCUUACACUCAUCAUGCUAACUACACAACUGCUUCCUCCAUCAAUAUUAUAUUUUUAGUUGAUGUUUAUUUGCAAACUCUAUGUUCCCCACAGUGUAAUAUUAUGGAAGCAUAUAUAAUUGGGAAAAUAUAAUGCUUUGAGUAUUGGUUCCAAAGUAAUCAUACAGUGUCUGUGGUCAAAUGAAAAUUUUAUGCCUUUUCAUACUGUCCCGUUGAAUAUUGAAAUUAUUCUAUUACUUCCAUCCAGGUUGUUGAUGCUAAAAAUCUCCGACAACAGAUAGAUGAGUAUCGAUACUCCUCUUCCUUCCCUGAAGCAUAUACUCAAAUUGCCUAUGCGGUAUUCAAUUAUUAUACUGAUUUUCUCUCAACCCGUAGUUUUAAACUUCUUACAGCCUAAGUUAUGACUGCCUUUUAUAUACAUUUCUUUUUAUUUUAUAUACUUAAUUUGAAUGAAAAAUCGGGUAUCUUGCCUACAACCUCCCCCCCUCCCCCCAUGGGCAUUUCACAGAUUUUUUUUCACUUAUCUAAGUUGUGCUUUCCCUUCUUGGCAGGAUAUCAUAAUUCUUAACAAAGUUGAUUUGGUUUCUCCAGACGAACUUGGUCUUGCCACAUCUCAUUAUGUGGAAGAUUUGGAGAAGGAUAUUCGUAACAUAAACUCCCUUGCUACUGUCAUUCGUUCUGUUCGAUGCCAGGUUGAUCUAUCGAAGAUAUUGGAAUGCCAGGCCUAUGAUGCAUCAGUCAGUCAAAUAAUUUUGAUCUUUCAAACUAAGUAUUCUAUGUAAUCAGCAAGAUAUUCUAAAUUUUUCCCAUGUGCAAAUUUUUUGGCGUACCAGCAUAUAGCCCAUCAGAAAGCACUGUUGGAAGAUAGCAAGUCGUUAUCCUCUUUUAUUCAUGACUACAGCAUCCGUACAUUAUGCAUAUGUGAAGAUCAGCAAGUUGAUUUAAACAAGGUAGCUGCAAUAGUUUUAAAUAAUUAUUUCAUCAAAAUAUUUUAUUCCUUUCAAAAAUAUUCUUUUAAUAUUCGUUUGUGAUGAUGUCCGGUUGGAUUUUAGAGAUUUUCAGUGGUUCAUGUUCUUCAACAUUGAGGAAAAAAUAGGAGGCUGAAUCGGCUGAAAUGUCUCAUUAUGACUGAUUCAGGUGUAUUGGGUCCUGUUCAGGCUUGAUACGGAUUGGAUCUGUAGAGAUAUGAAAGAAUAAGAAAUUUUGAGAAGAACACAAACUUCUGAAGAAUUCUAUAAAGAACAAUGACACGAAAAUUACAAAAAGGGAAAGUUAUCACGAUUGAAAUCUUGAGAUUUGGAAAAAAAAUCAUCUUAGCUAAUUUUUUUUAAUAUUUUUGUAAAAUAUUUCUGAUCUCCCCGGGCCUUCAUCGACAGGUUUAUUUAUGGCUGGAGGAAGUUCUUUGGGAGAAGAAAUCAGACGUCGAUAUCUAUCGCUGUAAAGGGAUUCUGAGUGUGCAUGACUCUGAUCAGCUUCAUACGCUGCAGGUAUCCUUUUAAAACAUAAAAUCUUGUCUAUUAUUCAUAUUCAUCAUUAAUUAGGUCACAUAAUUUCACUCUCAAGAUCCAUAUUUUAGUCCUACUUUUUACUUCUUGAGACUUCAAUUUCCUCUAAAAAUUCAGCAGUAGAUCUCUCGUUUAUUGUCGCAUAGUCUUCCUCGUUUACUUCGUCGAACUCUAACAGAUCAAUAUUAUCAUGCUGUCAUUAAGCAUGGGUUUAGCCCCUAUGAAUCAUGAUCUUCAUCAGCUCUAGGAAGGUUUAGUCCCGGACAAGUUCACAGACAAAUGCAAUUCUUGGCCCAAUCGAAUGCAAUCCUGAUCUUGCUCAGGAUCAGAAUCUAUAAUAUCUGAUCCAGUUUGUUCACAGUCAUUGAAUUGAAUAAUUGAAGAGAAAAUAAUUUAAUGUGACCUGCAAGUCUUACUGGAUAAAUAAAAGUUUUCAUUAAUUUUCACUUAUACCAAUUCAGAUUAGCCCAGAUUUCUUACUUGUUUGUCUCAAAAAAAAAAAAAAGAGGCUAUUUAUACCGAAAACUUCUGAUAUCGAUUUCAUCUUACUCAGGCUGUAAAGGAACUCUUUGAGAUCAUCCCGCUUCGUGCAUGGCGAGAGGGGGAGAAGAAAGUUAGCCGGAUAGUCUUCAUAGGCAAGGGCUCUUGAGUUUCCUGUGUUGUAUUUAUUUGCGAAAAUCAUGUGAUUAGUCUCUUGAUCUUGCUCCUCUUCGUUGCAGGUCACAACCUAGAUGAGAAUACCCUGAGGUUAUCUCUCAGAGCUUGCACCAUUGUAGAUUGA